AUUCGUUCUUUUAUCAAGUCCUUUCUUUUUGGGUUUUCCUGCGAUGUUUAAUCUGAUCCUCUCCCGCCCACAGAACCGAGCCUGAAGCCUCUGAAAGCUUCUUCCAUGAACUCUCCCCUUUCAACACUCCGUCGAUCCAUCUCCACUCUGACCUACCGUCCGAGUAAUCUUUUCCAAUGCAACAUGCAAAUACAGGACUUCUUCCGUCUGGGGCAGGUCAGCGAUGCCCGGCGGCUGUUCGACCAGAUGUCUCAACGAGAUUCUAUGACAUGGAACCUAAUGAUAUCCGGUUACUGUAACAAUGGCCGCCUUGAUGAUGCAAGAUGUCUUUUUGAUACAUUUCAAGGCAAGAAUGUCCGGACAUGGACCUCAAUGCUGUCGGGGUACGCCAAAGCUGGAAGAGUAUAUGACGCAUCCUUGAUCUUUCAUGCCAUGCCGGAGAGAAAUGUUGUCUCCUACAAUGCUAUGAUUACGGGGUACGUAUAUAAUGGAGAUGUUCAAAGUGCAAGGGCGUUGUUUGAUGGCAUGAGUGAGAGAAAUAUGGCUACCUGGAACUCCAUGAUCAUGGGGUACUGCAGGAUGUGUUGGAUGCGCGAGGCACGUGGACUGUUUGAUGUAAUGCCUGAGAGGAAUGAGGCUUCGUAUAUGGUUAUGAUUUCUGGUCAUGUGGCAAUAAGUGAGUAUGAGGAAGCAUGGAGGAUGUUUUUAGAUAUGCACAUGAGAGGUGAGGCUAGACCGGACAAGCCAGUAUUAUUGGCUGUGAUGUCGGCAAUCACCGGAUUGGAUGAUGUGAGAUUGGUUGCUUACUUUCUGCCACUUGCAAUGAAGAUAGGAUACAGUAAUGAUGUUGUAGUAGGGACCGCAAUUCUUAACACCUUCAGACGAACUAUGAGUUGUGAUUCUGCCUUAAAGUUUUUCAGUGAUAUGCCAGAGAAGAACGACUACACUUGGAGCACAAUGAUUUCAGCCUUCUCCCAGUGUGGAAGGUUGGAAGAUGCGAUUCUGUUGUAUAGACAAGUUCCAGAACAAAACAUUGGGACCCAGACUGCAAUGUUGACUGCCUAUGCCCAACAUGGAAGGAUGAAUGAGGCGAGGCAUAUUUUUAACAAGAUCAAGAACCCAUGUGUACCUACCUGGAAUGCCCUUCUUAGUGGAUAUGCACAAAACAGAAUGGUUGAGGAGGCAAGGGAGCUGUUUUUUACCCAAAUGCCUACCAGGGACAUGGCUUCUUGGGGAACAAUGGUUUCUGGGCUUGCUCAGAGUGGGGAUAACAGAGGAGCUUUAGAGGUAUUUAUUGAAAUGCACAGAUUGGAUAUCACUCCAGAUCAUUCUAUUUUAACUAGUGCCCUAUCUGCUUGCGCGAACAUGGGAGACGUUGUAAUGGGUAAACAGCUACACUCUCUCACCAUCAAGGCAGGGUGCCAGUUUAAUUCUUUCUUAGGGAACGGAUUGAUAAACAUGUAUGCUAAAUGUAAGAAUAUAGAAGAUUUUUCUCAGGUAUUUGAUGACAUGAAAGUCAGAGACAGAGUUUCCUGGAACUCACUGAUCUCAGGCUUUUCAGAGAACAACAUGCUGAGAGAUGCUGUUGAAGUAUUCAAGAAGAUGCCAAACCAAAACGGUGUGGCUUGGGCCACUUUGAUAUCUGCAUAUGUCCAAGCUGAACAAGGUGACACCGCUUUCCAGUUAUUCCAUGACAUGCUUAAUGAUGGAAUAAAACCAAGCGAACAAACAGUCACUAGUCUACUGAGUGCGAGUGGCAGCCUCGGUUCCACAAAAUUAGGGGAACAGGUUCACGCGUUAGCAUAUAAAUUCGCCCUGGAUCUGCGCUUGUUCGUUCAUAAUGCACUCAUAAGCAUGUAUUUUAAGUGUGGGUCCCACAAAGGAUUUCAGGUUUUUGAGGAUAUGGCGGUCGAACAAGGAGACAUUGUCACUUGGAAUGCUGUUUUAACUGGUUGUGCUCAGAACGGGUUAGGCAGAGUGGCCAUCAAUAUUUUUGAGAGAAUGAAGUUUGCAAAGGACAUCCCUAACCAAGUAACCUUUCUCCAGCUAUUGUCUGCUUGCAGCCAUUCAGGGCUAGUAGAUGAAGGUUUGAAUUAUUUUGAUUCAAUGAUUCGGGACUAUGGCAUUCCGCCUUCGAUCAAUCACUAUACGGCAGUAGUUGAUCUUCUUGGGCGGGCCGGUAGGCUCUCUGAAGCAGAAUCACUGGUAAAUAGUAUGCCUAUGAAGCCAGACACUGUGAUUUUGGAUUCCCUUCUUGCUGCUUGUAAAAAUAACAACAACACGAACCUUGGCCAGAAAAUUGCAGAAAGAUUAUUUCGGAUGGGUACAAAAAAAUCAGGAGCAUAUGUGUUGCUAUCAAACAUAUAUGCUUCCCAAGGCAUGUGGAAGGAAGUUGGGAACAUACGAAGCACAAUGCUGAAACGGGGAGUAAAUAAAGAGCCAGGUUUUAGCUGGAUCUAUAUCAAAGGAAAACUGCAUUCUUUCCUUGCAGGCAAUAAGAGUAUGAUGGAAGAGCAGUUUACAGAGAUUUCUUCAAUGUUGGAAGAUUUCUGUGUACGGUUCAAACCAAUGGGAUAUUUUCCUGACACGAAAUUUGUUUUGCAUGAUGUGGAUGAAGAGCAAAAGGAAGGCGAACUUCUUUACCAUAGUGAAAAGAUCGCUGUGGUCUUUGGCAUCUUGAGAUUGCCACAAGGUUCGCCCAUUCAGGUUAUGAAAAAUCUUCGUAUCUGUGGAGACUGCCAUAUUUUCAUGAAAUUCUUGUCCAAAGUAACACAACGCGAGAUAGUAAUUCGGGAUGGUAAUAGAUUCCACCACUUCCAAAAUGGGAUGUGUUCUUGUGGAGAUUACUGGUGAUCGAUUCCUGGGAUAGUGCUUAUAGAGGGAUUUACUGAAACUGUGUUCUGUAAAUGGUUAAAUAAAAUGUUGGAAGUUUUAUGCAAAAACUCCUUGCUGUGAUGCUGGUCCAGACCUUGGACAGAAGGCGAGUUUUGAGAUGCAGAACACAUUCUUCUCCAUCUUAGGCUUUUGGGAUAUGAGGUGAGUGCAGCCAAGUGGUAUUGUUUGGUGAAUUUAUGAAGCUUAGAAAGGUCUUUGGCUGAUCUUAUGCCCUUUUUCUUGCAGAGUUUACAUGAGAUCAAAAUAUUCUUUUACUGAUCCAUCCAUUAAAUUAAGCAUGAAUGACUAAUUCACACCUAGUGGAAAACAUCAAAGGCAUAUUUGCACUUCUCUCCAAUCUUAACUUUGAACAACAACAAAUACUCAUUUACUUGCACUUCUCAUCAAGGGCAUACUUGCACUUCUCUCCAAUCUUAAUUUAUUAUACAUUUAUACUUUAAUAAUAUACUAAAUUAAAAUAUCAUAUACUUCUAAUAAUAGUAUGAUAUGGACAACGGAGUAGUGAUUAGUGUGUGAUAAUGUAAACCUUCUGUAAUUGUACUAAUAUUAUACUUGGGUUAAGUGUAUUUUUUGAGAACUAAAAUCACAUUUAUAUGUUUAUUGUUUAAAUUGUUAUUAAUUAUAAUUGUAAGAUUGUAACUUUUUUUAAUAUUCCAUAAAAACCUGAUUACUUGUCGCUUGUGUUUCUCUAACAUCGUUCAUGAGGCUAUCUCAACCUCCUAACUUUAGGUUAUCUUUCCUUUCCUCCUCUAGACAGUUACAAACCUUAUGAGUCAGGAACAGAAAAUCAGAAAUCCAAACCAAAUCUCUAUUUUCUUGGUUUAUAUUUUUCCUCACCUCAAGCAUUAGUCAGACCUUGUAGCUUUUAGCUUUUCAUAACUUCAAGUUCCUUCAGCUUUUCUUCUACACAGACAGCUGGUGUAGAUAAAAAUGCAAGAUAUUCGCACUGACUGGGCUCAUCUACCUCAGCAGAUGGGUGGAGGAGGAGUGGAGGCGCCGACCGCGCUGUCUGAAGAUUGCCAGAGAUGAGUGAGACUGGCAAAUGAGCAGGGCCAGGAAGCCAUUGUAAUAUUGUAACUAAUUACAUACAUAAUUCUAAUCCUCUCCUUAAUAGCACUACAAUUCUCAAAACAAAAACUCCCGCCUACCUCUCAUUCUACAACAUCCGUUCGAUUCCUAAAAUAUAAUCAGCGGCCUCUACAUUCCAUCAUACACCCUUACCUUUUAAUGAGUUCUUUCCUUCAAUGCCUAUACUAGACUUCCAUUAUCGACUUUCAUUCACUUAGCCAAUCAUAGGAGCAUUAGAUGACCGGAACAGCGUUCCUUCGCUUCCCAAUUACCUUUGCCUUUCUCACUUCGCCAUCACCUCGUUCUUUCCCGUCAAUAUAUGUACUGAAUCAGGUAAUCUUCCCUUUAAAACUAUUUUAUUUUUAUUCUUUUCGGCUCUAAAUCAGGUUCAUGUUCAUCUUUCAGAGUUCGGGUUUGUUAUAGUUAGAAAAUAAAUUCAUUACUUUAUGGGCUUCGAUUGAUAUUGUGGAAAUCAUGUUCUUUAUUCAUCUUCAUCAUUAAGAUGAAGCCUUAGGGUUAUGAUACUUCGAAUCUUCAAUGAAUGGUUCUGUCAAAACCAAACCUGCUCAUGUUUGGGUUCCUUAGCUAUUUGCACUAAAUGCUUUCUGGUAAUACGGUGGCCGCUUACUCCAAUUUAUGUGAAUUGCAUCUCCGAUUAAGGAAGGAUAAUUUUCUAGUGAUUUUGUUCUGGAUUUUUUUGAUAUGGUAGUUUGUUCAGGAAAAACCAUUUUCCCUUGAUUUGGCAGUUUAGGUUCACACAUAUAGAAGAUUACUAAUGAUUAUAAAUGUGUUUGUAUCUUAUUUUUUCAUUUUUUAUUGAUUAUUUCUACUCAAAGGAUUAAUCUUUUUUGUCUUUGAGCAGGGGAUUCAGUUAUUUGUUGUUCUUCAAUUUCACUUUUUAAAAUUACUCAUCAACAUAUUGUAUUUUUACUUUAGGUUUAAAAUGUAUAUAUCCCGACUACUGAAAAACAUGUACAACAAUUUGAUAUUCUUAUCCUCACAUGAAGGGAAAAUGAUUGAUGGUGAGCAACUACUACUAAUUUUAGAGGCAGAAACUCUUGAAAAUUAUGAGACAUACUCAAAUAUUUUAAAUUUAUACUUCUUAGAGAGUAGGUUCUCUUGGGAUUAAGGCUUGGAUGUUAUUGAGAGAGUAGGUUCUUUUAAAAGUGUUUCUCUUUGUUUUUUUAACGUUAAACAUUUUAAUAUUUUCUUGGUUUACAUGUUCAAACAUGUAAACCAAGUCUGUUUAGGUCUUCCUCUCCCUCUCUUCUCUGCCUCUUCUCCCCACCUCUCAAGUCGUCUAACAGGUGCAUCACUCGCUCUUCUACGCACAUGCCCAAACCACCGCAAACGAGACUCCUGCAUCUUAUCAUCUAUAGGUGCCCAAAAAAAAGUUUUUCAACUGUUAGCCUAAAAUUCUUUCUUCACUUUUUGAACCUUGGUAUCACCCAAGAACUACCAGGGGUUCAAUAUCUCAAGUAUCAAUUUAUUUCGUGUUUGAUCAAUUUAUUUCGUGUUUAAAUUAUGGUAGUGAGGAGAUGCUCUAAAAUUAUGGAAACAAGAUUCAUAGUACAUUUGGGGAUAACAUACUAUCCUCCUAUAAUGAAGAAGCUAUUGGUGGAUCAAUGCAUCAAGCACCUCCAGUUGAUCAAGAAUUGCUUUGUAGUGUUAAAGAUCUUUGAAGAAAGUCCUUGCAUCAAAUGGUUAAACAGCUGAGGAGAUUGAGGCUUGGAUGUUGUUGUAGAGGAGAUUAAGAUAUCUUCUACCUAUCAUCAGAUUUUGGUUAGCAAUAGGGCUAAACAAAGUAUUCUUCAAGCAGAUUUGGGCUCUUGGCAAUAUGUUCUCCGAGAGAUGAGGUUUUCAUGAUUCCUAAUUCUUUUUUCCUAAUCCAGACAAUACUUUAAUUUAUUCCCUCACCUUUGAAUUCUUGAUUAUUUUCUUUAGUGUAGAGGAAAAUGGGCUGCUUCACAUUGCACUGUACUUGAACAUGAUAAUAGUAAUCAUUUACUAACCUGAUUUUGUGCAUAAACUUUUAAGAUAAUAAUAGGUUAUAAAAAAUGAAUGUAAACAGUCCAUAAAGAUGGAGUGCAUAAACAUGCCACACUGUCAUUUUUUUAAUAGUUAAAUGAUUUCAAUUGAUUGAUCUGAAAAUGAUAAUUAGAAUUGAAUAGAUUGGUCUGAAAAUGAUUCAAUAGUGAAAUAUUUUCUUCACAACAUGCAGCGCUGUCAUUUUUUUAUUUCAAAGAUCAAUUUUAUUGAAGAUAAAAUGCAUAUGCUUGAAGACCAAUACUCCUAGAUCUCAAAGCAAAAGGAUUGAAAUCACACUUGGAAAAUACUUUAUGUAUGUUUUGCAAUUACGUUUGAUUGCCUUUUAAGUUCCCCAUUUCUCAUACCAACCUAGUAUAUUUGGGUGAAAAAUGCAUAAUUCUUGGUAACUAAGGGAGUGUUUGAACUCAAUGUCUGAUUCAGAUGUGAUAAACAAUGCAGAGGCAUUCUUUGUUGCUUAUUCAGGAAGAGGUUAGGUACAUAUACUACAAAAAUACAAAUAGCCAUUAUGUCCAGGCCAAGGUUGUCAAAAGCGCUCACCCCAGCGCUUAAGCGCACAAGGCGCAGCGACCAACACCCCCAACGCCUGAGAAUAGGAGAAGUGCAUAUCUUUAAUAACACUCAGCCCAUGAAAAUAAUAGGGUAAAACCAGUAAAACCUACGUAAAAUUAAGAGUCUAAGUACGUAAAUAACGUAAAACUUGCGCAAGACACUACAGCUAUCAUCGCUAGCCAUUCUCGCUCUCCUCACUCGACACUCAAGUUGCUAUACACCAGUCUGUUCUUUCAGCUUUCGUCAACAUCUCAAGCAAACUCAGUUCUCCCUCACAGCACUAAACAAGGUAUGUGUUUUUUUUCAUGCAGUCCUCUUCAUCUACUCAUAUUACACUAGUGUCUAAAUAUUAUAGUGUAUAUGUGUAAUAAAGUAAUAAUACUAUGUAUUGGUAUAUUAGUAUGUAUAUAAUACUCAUAGUACUAAUAUUCUGAUUUAGCGUUUUCUGUGAAAAUAGAGGAAAACUUAGGAAUUCGAUUCUGCUGUGCAAAAGUAAAAUGUUUGAUUAGUUAUAAAGAAUAUAUUUGAAGUGAUAAAAAUGAAUUUGAGAGCUUUUAAACUCAUAUCUUGCUGUGUGUUUAUCCGUUUCGAGCGUAUUAUAUCUCGUUGGAAAGAUAGAUCGGAGCUCUAAAUCUAUUGCUCCAACUUAAUUUACAAUGAAUUAAUUAGAAGGUUAAAACUGUGUAUAACAUAAUUGUCCUUUGUGUACAAGAACACAUGUGUGUGUCACACGUGAUAUGAUUUGGUUUGGAUUUGUAAUUUUUUAAAAAUAUAUAAAGGUUUUAUUGAAUUUCUUUAGUUCGGUUUGAUUUUGUUCAGUUUGAUUUUGUUCGGUUUUCAUCAAUUUCAGUUCGGUUUAAUACGGUUUGGAAGAAAUACUACCAAACUCAAAUCAAAUUACAUAUGGUCCGAUUUUAAUUUGAUUUAGUUCGAUUUAGUACGGUUCAGUUCGGUUAAUUGGAAGGAAUUUCUGAUAGAUCGCCAAAUAAUUUCUGGAAAAUUUCCAGCGUCGGGUAUUUCGAUCCAAUUACAAAUAGUUGAUCUUAUUUUUGUAAAGAAGUUACGUAGUACUUUUUAUUCAUAUUAAGUUAAAUAAUUCUACGGAAUUGAAUACUCCACACAUAAUAACUUAUAAGAGAGAACAACAAUUUUAUGGGAAUGUGUGUGCUCAUAUUAUUAUUAUAACCUAAUAAUAAUAAUAAUAAAAUAAAACAUACGGAGUAAUGAUGUUUAGUCUUGCAGGCCGCAGCAACCGUGUGGGCUUUUAUAUUUGUUGUUACAUGGGCUUCUCCGAAGUAGGCUCCCGUGCUCUCUAAGGAGCACAUAACAUGCUCCAUAAAAUUUCUGCAAUAAGUACCUCAUACAAACUAUAGAGUAUUUGGUUAAAUGCACAAUAACAACAACAACAUCCAAGUCUUAAUCCCAAAAAAUUUUGGGGCCGUUUAAAAUGAAUCGACCCAUGAUAUCGAUGUCAAAAAGAGAAGAUGACAAGAAAAAAACGAAUAUGAUAAAGAUAAAUAAACAUAAGAUAACAAUAACAUAAGAAUAUAAGAAAGAUAAAAGAUAAAAAGAUAAAAGAACAUAAAAAACUAGAAGAUAAAAAUAACAUAAGAACAUAAAAAGAUAAAAAAGAUAAACGAUAAAAGAGAAGAGAGAUAAAAGAUAGAAAAGAGAUCGAUCGUCCACCCGAAUGUGCGCCCUCCACUUUGCCCUCUCCAAAUCCAUACACAUGGCAAUAGAAAUAAUAUUUAGUUUUGUAAUGGACUACACAUGCCAACACAUAGGCUCAUAGGACGAAUCCAAAUAAUAUUAUUAGAUUUACAAUAAUAUUUAAUUUUUUUAUUUUUUUCACAAAUGUUAUUUAUAUUUUUUUUUUCAAUUCAAGGAACACCUUUUUUAGUGCUCUGUUAGAGCUUGCCACAAUGGAGAAUAGUCCAUCACUAAUGAUGAGUCAAACACUAGAGCUAAUAUGAAAGAGUAUUUUUCCAAAAUAUUACAAGUAAGCAAUGAGUAAAGCAGAAUGAGGGAAGUGUGAAUCAAAUAUUCACUCGAGUAUAUAGCAAGAACAACUUCGACAUAUUAGUUGGGUUCAAUAAGGGAUCAAUACUUCAUGCAUGUCAAAGUAGGAAUCGGAAUAGAGCAGUAUCAAUUUGAUAAUUAUUGGAACGAUUGACUUGUGAAUAAUAAAGUAAAAACUUGUGUGGUUGAAAUUUUUACCGAGGAUGGAGAUAAUUUUAACCAUGUAUCUGUUACUUUAAAUGGAAAUGACAAAUUUUUUGAACAUCUAAAAAAGAAAAUUUGGUCAUAUUUUAUGGGAAGGAGGUCGUAUAGAUUUAGGUGUAAAAAUAUUCAUUUGUAUUUAUUUUGUUUGUAUUUUCUUAAUUUGUUUUGCUUUCUAAAUACUCACAAGACGAAAACAUUAAAGUGUGGAUAUGCAAAGAUGAAGUAGGAGUUUUUCAACCAUUUGUAAUGUGAGUAAUAAUUUAAUUUGAGUUUGCACCUCAUAUUGUUGUCCAAAUUGGACUUUGCACCCCAUUUUUAAAAUCUUUGUUUUUGCACCCCAACCCCAUAUGAAAAGACAAAAAUACCCUCGAUUAGGAAUAUGUUGAAGGUCAACAUAAUUAUUAAUGGAGGGACAUUUUGUCAUUUCACAUGGAGUCGGGGUGCAAAAACAAAGAUUUUUAAAACCAGGGUGCAAAGUCCAAUUUGGACAAUAAAAUGGGGUGCAAACUCAAAUUACCCCUUAUUAUUAUUGUUGUUGUUUAUGAUUUAGUCAUUUAUAUGAUAACUUAUACAUAGUAUUUUAUUUCUAUAUACAAAUUGUAUCCCGUGCAACGUACGGGUAGCAUACUAGUAAUAUUAUAGAGUGAUUUGUGUAACAUUGUUCAACUUCUAUAUUUUUACUAAUAGUAUACUGGUUGUUAAAUUAGAUUUUUGUGAUGUGAGUACUCUUAUUUGUAUAGUCAUAGUGUUAUUCUGCUAUUUUUUAUGAAUGUUAUACUGUUAAUAUUAUUUUUAUUCUUUUAAAUUCGGAUACUAAUAUUGUUAUUGAAAUUGAGAUAGUAGUUUUGUUGUUAUUAUUGUUGUCGUUGUUAUUUACUACCCCAACUCCCAAGUAGUUCUACAGAUUGUUAUUAAGAGGCCGUUUGUCAACCCUCAUUUUCGGCUUAUCAGGCUUACCAGCCAACUUUUUUAGCAAACACGUAAAUUUUGCUUUCGCGCGCUGAAUAAUGUAAUAAGCCGAAAAAGUAAGGUUAGAGUUACUUUUCUGGCUGUAUUGACUGAAGUUACUGUAGAUGAUUAUUUUAGCUAUUUUUACAUAUAAUUUUUUUUUUUUAUUAAUAAAAUAUAUUUUAAUUUUUUUUUGUAUCAGCAGAAGCAGCCAAUGCAGCCACUUGAGCCAGAACUUCAUAAAUUUCAACAGAAUCAGCCAAAACAACCGAUUUUCGUGUUACCAAACGGGCUCUAAAUUUGUCAUUUAAUAUUGUUAUUAAAAUUUUGAUAUUACUAUUGUUAUUAAGUUUGUAAUUUUGAUAUUGUUGUUAGAAUUUUGAAUGUAUAAAUGUUAUUGACAUUCUCAUAUUGUCGUAGUUAUUUAAGAAAGACUGAUACAUCGCUGUGAAAAAGAAUCAAGACUGAUGCCUUAAAAUAUAUUCUAAAUUUGGAAAUUAUUAUUUGCUUCAAU